AUGGACGUGGAGGGCGAGAACGGCCCGGUCUUUCUAAGUGCAGCUCCAUCAGGUGGCAGUCUGGGCGGCUCGUUUUGGUGCCUCGAGGCCUUGGGCGUGCGCAUGGCGGUCAUCGGCACGGCUUGUGCAGCCUCGGUGCCCGUUGCGCAAGGGCUGGACACGGAGGCUCUCAGCAAAGCUGAGCUAGUCGUGUGCCUGUGCUUAGCCCAUGACGGGGACAUCGAGAUUCGAGCCAGCCUGCCACAGGUUUCCCAAGAGGCCUCGGCUGCUCUCGGUCGGGGUGGCAACGUACUGGUUCCCAUCGGGCCGGACCAGGCUUUCACUGAGGACCUGGUGAUGUCUCUAGCACGCCAGAUCGCAAAGUUGUCUGACAAGUGCCAAGGCCCAAUCUUCGCUUGUGGGGCACCCGCGCUUCGCCUGAGGCGUUGCGGGGUGUUCGCAGAGUUUGCCUCCAAAACAUGCUUGGAUCGGGCCCACAGCGGCGAGCAUCCUUUCCUGGUUGAUGCGCUGUGUGAGAGCGGACGACUUGUUUUGGCUGAGACCGUGUCGGAACUUGCAGAGCUGUACCAGGAGCCCUGCAUGGUCCUGGCUUCCCAAGCUACGGCUCAAGACUUCGAUGGCCGUUGGGCAAAGAAUCCGGAAUCUCGCAUUCUGCGGAGCGAUGCGCCUUUGGCAGGAUGUCAGCUUCGAUGCCUCGGCCAGCCUUUUCGGCGACGGCUGCUGGGAUCGGAGAUUCGGCGCCUGACGUCUUCGCGCCUGCUGGUGGCCAGGGGUGCUGCUGAGCUUCUCGAAAGCUCGUCGAGACUCAAGGCUCAGAGUGCUCCGCUGGUCUUGCCACCCGCAGAGUUCGUGAACGUGCCCCUAGAUUUGUCUCUUGCUCGCGUGCAGUGCUGGCUGCCAGAGGAUCAAAUGGCACGGAUCGAGAAAGGCAAGCGGCCAGCUGACUCCAUGCUGGAGCUGCUGGAGGGUGCUUUCGUUGGGCGCCGCAGGCCUCGAAUUUCUGGGCUGAUGCCCUGCUCAACAUCGGGUGCAAUGAGAAGGGAGGCCGUCAGGUUGGGACUCGAGGCGAAAGGCCUGGAGGUAGCAGCCGGUGAAGGAGCAGAUGGACAAAAGACGGAACUGCUUGUGCCGUCCCUCAACGCAAGGAUCAUUCUGAAUCAACCGGUGUCUGACGACCCAAAUGCCAUCGAGUCCAUUGUCGAGUGCGUGUCCGUGGAGGGGCGCCGGCAGAUACUGGAGGUGCUGAAUGCCGAGCUUCAGCAGUGA